AUGACGGAGGGGCCCAAGAAAGCCAGCAGAAAGUUCAAGUUCUUCAAGUUCAAGGGCCUUGGGAGUCUCUCCAACCUCCCUCGGUCCUUCACUCUGAAACGGUCCUCAACCUCUAUCAGCAUCCAGUCCCGCCUGGAGUGUGACACCUUUGAGGCUACGCAGGAUGACAUGGUGACUGUCCCCAAAAGCCCCCCAGCCUAUGCCCGCUCCAGUGACAUGUACAGCCACAUGGGCACCAUGCCUCGCCCCAGCACCAAGAAAGCUCGGGAUCAACAGGCUACCCAGAAGGCCAAGGAGGUGGGCCCUGAACCCCACUUGGGGUCCCAAGAUCUGCUCAACCCUCCAGGCUUGGAGGCAGCCAAGGAGGUGGUGGUGGGGACCAGUGCCCCCCUGGAGGACACCCCAGCAGUGGCACCCAACCCUUCAGCAAUGGGUCCCACGAGAGAGCCUCAGGAUCCCAGGGCAGACAGAAAAGAAGAAAGUGCUCCGAGGAAUGUGCCUCUGGAAAGGGCCGCUGGAGAACCAGAGGCUGGUGGGGACUACGUGAAGUUCUCCAAGGAGAAGUACAUCCUGGACUCCUCACCUGAGAAACUGCACAAGGAGUUGGAAGAGGAACUCAAACUCAGCAGCACAGAUCUCCGCAGCCAUGCCUGGUACCAUGGCCGCAUCCCCCGUGAGGUCUCGGAGACCCUGGUGCAGCGCAAUGGCGACUUCCUCAUCCGGGACUCACUCACCAGCCUGGGUGACUAUGUGCUCACCUGCCGCUGGCGGAACCAGGCCUUACACUUCAAGAUCAACAAGGUCGUGGUGAAGGCGGGUGAGAGCUACACCCACAUCCAGUACCUGUUUGAGCAGGAGAGCUUCGACCACGUGCCGGCGCUCGUGCGGUACCACGUGGGCAGUCGCAAGGCUGUGUCGGAGCAGAGCGGGGCCAUCAUCUACUGCCCCGUCAAUCGCACCUUCCCGCUGCGCUACCUGGAGGCCUGCUAUGGCUUGGGCCAGGGCAGCGGCAAGGCUGCCAGCCCCGCCAGCCCCUCGGGCCCCAAGGGCAGCCACAUGAAGCGGCGCAGUGUCACCAUGACUGAUGGGCUCACCGCCGACAAGGUCACCCGCGGCGACGGCUGCCCCACCAGCACCUCCCUGCCCCACCCCCGGGAAUCCAUCCGCAACUGUGCCCUCAGCAUGGACCAGAUCCCAGACCUGCACUCGCCCAUGUCCCCCAUCUCCGAGAGUCCCAGCUCCCCCGCCUACAGUACUGUGACCCGUGUCCACGCCGCCCCUGUAGCUCCCUCUGCCACAGUACUGCCUGCCUCUCCUGUCACCCGCCGCUCCAGUGAACCCCAGCUGUGUCCUGGAAGUGCCCCAAAGCCCCCCAGGGAAUCGGACAAGGGCCCUUAUGCCAGUCCCUCCCACACACUCUGCAAGGCCUCCCCAUCACCAUCGCUUAGCAGCUACAGUGACCCGGACUCUGGCCAUUACUGCCAGCUCCAGCCUCCUGUCUGUGGCAGCCGAGAGUGGGCAGCGGCCGAGGCCUCCAGCCGGCAGGCCAGGAGCUACGGGGAAAAGCUAAAGGAACUGUCAGAAAAUGGGGCCCCCGAGGGGGACUGGGGCAGGACCUUCACGGUCCCCAUUGUGGAAGCCACCUCUUCCUUCAACCCAGCCACCUUCCAGUCACUACUGAUCCCCAAGGAUAACAGGCCACUGGAGGUGGGCCUCCUGCGCAAGGUCAAGGAGCUGCUAGCAGAGGUGGAUGCCCGGACGCUGGCCCGACAUGUCACCAAAGUUGACUGCCUGGUUGCUAGGAUACUGGGAGUUACCAAGGAGAUGCAGACCCUAAUGGGAGUCCGCUGGGGCAUGGAGCUGCUCACCCUCCCCCAUGGCCGGCAGCUACGACUAGACCUGCUGGAAAGGUUCCACACCAUGUCCAUCAUGCUGGCCGUGGACAUCCUGGGCUGCACGGGCUCCGCCGAGGAGCGAGCAGCGCUUCUGCACAAGACCAUCCAGCUGGCGGCCGAGCUUCGGGGGACCAUGGGCAACAUGUUCAGCUUCGCUGCGGUCAUGGGCGCCCUAGAUAUGGCUCAGAUUGCCCGGCUGGAGCAGACAUGGGUGACCCUUCGGCAGCGACACACAGAAGGUGCUAUCCUCUAUGAGAAGAAGCUCAAGCCAUUUCUCAAGAGCCUCAACGAGGGCAAAGAGGGCCCGCCGCUGAGCAACACCACAUUCCCCCAUGUGCUGCCGCUCAUCACUCUGCUGGAAUGUGACUCCGCCCCGGCCGAGGGCCCUGAGCCCUGGGGCAGCACGGAGCACGGCGUGGAGGUGGUCCUGGCCCACCUGGAGGCUGCCCGCACCGUGGCACACCACGGAGGCCUGUAUCACACCAACGCUGAGGUCAAGCUGCAGGGGUUCCAGGCCCGGCCAGAGCUGCUCGAGGUGUUCAGCACCGAGUUCCAGAUGCGCCUUCUCUGGGGCAGCCAGGGCGCCAGCAGCAACCAGGCCCGGCGCUAUGAGAAGUUUGACAAGGUCCUCACUGCCCUGUCCCACAAACUGGAACCUGCUGUCCGCUCCAGCGAGCUGUGACCCCCACGGACCCCUCCCCUCUGCAGCUGCGGGCAGCAACAGGGACAGAGGGGGCACAGACCUUUCCUCAGAGCACCCCAGAGACACUGUGAUCAGCCCAAGAAUGUUCUGGGCCCAAACCAGGAUCUCCGUUGCACUUCCAGGGUCCUGCAUGGACCCUGGACUCCGUCCCACCUGCUACGUGCCCACCAAGUCUCCCUUCAGGAAGAACUGGAACCUUCUCCCUCCCUCCGGCUUCUGCUUCUCCCCCUUCCUGCCGAGGUGCCCUGUGCUUGAGCCAUGGGAGACUCCUCACGCCUCUUCACUCUUCUCCGGGCACCCACCAGACACCAUGACCUCCACCUGGUUGUAAAUAUGUCUGUCUGUUCUGUAAAUAGAUGUACAGCAGCCAUGUUCUUUCUUUCAUAUAAUAAACUUUUAUGGCUCUUU